ACUAAAGUGCUUUAUGGCCCUGUCCCUUAAGGCACAUAUAAAGUUAGUUACAAAGUAUUUUUUUAUAUGCCAUUGUUGUUCCUUAAACCUGCCUAAGUUAACUUGAAUUCUAAUCAUAACCAUAAACAUGGCAAGGCCUCUUCUUCUUGCCUCUUCUAUGCCCAAAACAACACCCUUCCUUGUUCUGCUUUCAAUCUUUUCUAUAUUCUCUGUUAUAACUUUUCUAUGUGGCACUAGAAAGAUGAAGAAGUUCAAGGCAAGAGCAUUGGAAUCAGCCAGCUCAAAGAAGAACAAGCUUGUUACAAAGAUAAAUAGCAAUCUCAGCAAUAGAGCAGUUUCUUCCAUGGCCAAGAUGCUUUCAUGGAGGAAAGUGCAAGCGACGGAAGAAGAAGAAGAAGAACAAGAAGAGAUUUUUUACAGUAGUGAUGAUCAUGAUCAGCACCAAAAAGAUGAUGAAGCUAUUUGGAAGAAGAACAUCUUGAUGGGAGAACGGUGUCGUCCCGUCGAUUUUUCCGGCAAGAUUAUCUACGAUGCACACGGAAACUUGGUCCGUGAUUUGUCUCGCGACUAAUAUUAUAUUAGUCGUGAGACAAAUCAAAAUCGGUAACAUCUUAAGAAAAUUGUGAUGACACUAGUUCAGAACUCUGACCAAAUUUUGCUAUGUAAGAUAAAUAAUAAUCUUAGCAACUUUUUUGAUCUCAUAUUUGGAAAUGGAAUGAAGGACUUUUCUGUUGAUUUUGCAUUGGGUUGUGGACUUUAAUUUACAUAUAAUUUAGCACUUAAAUUUUUUCA